AUAAGCAGAAGUUUUCAUUUAGGAAAUAGACUUGGCAGACCACUGAUCAACUCUUUCUUCUCUACUUUUUUCUUACUUGGGAAGUUUUCAGUCUACAUUUACCUAAGAGUCCUCCUUAAACUUCAGCAGAACAGACAAGGCCUGCUUCAGAGUGAGGCCAAGUUGUAACUUACUUUAUCCACUCCAAAGGAUGGCCAACGCAGGCUUGCAACUUUUAGGAUUCGCCUUAGCUUGUCUGGGCUGGAUUGGGUUUAUAGUAUGUAUUGCAAUCCCUCAAUGGAAAAUGUCAUCAUUUGCUGGGGAUGCCAUUAUCACAGCACAGAUAACCUAUGAAGGACUCUGGAUGUCUUGUGUAAUGCAGAGCACAGGGCAGAUGCAGUGCAAAUCUUUUGACUCAUUGCUGAAGCUGGACAGUACUAUACAGGCCACCCGAGCAUUGAUGAUCUGUGGAAUUCUUGUUGGUUUCUUUGCCAUGUGCAUUGCUGCAGUAGGGAUGAAAUGCUUGACAUGUCUUCAGGAUGAUGAAGUAAAGAAGGCAAAGGUUGGAGUAGUGGGAGGAGCACUCUUCAUUGUUGCUGGUCUCUGUGUUUUGAUAGCAACAGCUUGGUAUGGAGAUAAAAUCGCAAAGGAUUUUUACAAUAUGUUCACACCAACCAAUUCUAAAUAUGAGUUUGGCCCUGCCUUAUUUAUUGGAUGGGCUGGAGCUGCGCUAGCAAUCAUUGGAGGUGCUUUGCUCUGUUGCUCUUGUCCCAGAAAAGAGACUUCCUACCCACCACCAAGAGGCUACAAUAAAAGUGCACCACCUGCUGGAAAAGAUUAUGUGUAACAAAGGAAAUACUGUAUGCAACUACCAUGGGGACAUUAGGACAUUAUUCUCCACUUAUUUCAUUAAUGUUAAAGGCAUUGCAUUGCCUUAGAUUCAGCAACAGUACCAUGCUGUCAUGUUAUUCAGCAACCCAGUAUAGCAAUGACAGUGAUAAGUUAAUGCAGGAAGAUAUUAAAAUCUUAAAAGUCAACAAUAUGAAUUAGAAAACAGAAGGUUGUGCAGAUGUCAGCUUUAAUCUAUGUCAUAUUAUUGUCUUCACAAAACCCACACCCUAAUCCUAUAAAGCUUGCCUAAUUAUAUACAAAUACUGUAUAUAUAUAUAUAUAUAUAUAUAUAUAUAUAUAUAUAUAUAUAUAUAUAUAUAUAUAUAUAUAUAUAUAUAUAUAUACCAUACUUCAUAUCAGCUUCAUAUAUAACUAGCAACAGCAAUCAUGGUUCUUUUUCCCUUUUGUUUUGGUACAAUAUAAAUUGCAAGAAUUGGUUAUAUUCUGUGUUAUUUCUGUAUAAAUCUAUUUUUUUUGUUUUGUAUAUGACUGUUAUUUUCAAUAAGCAAUAGUAAUGAAUUCUGUUUCAAGGCAGAACUGAAUCCAAGCAUGGGGUACAAUGUACAGACAUGGUUUCAGGCAAUUUUUUGUCAGUUUUGUGGAUUACUUCCAUUAUGUGAUUUUUUUAAUAAAUAAGACUUUUACAAGAAAA